AUGGUGCGCGACGCGUGGGUGUUCUUCACGGGCAAGCAGGACUCUGAGCUGGUGCGGCAAACCAAGCAGCUGCAGUUCGAAGCUGCCAAGUUGAGGGCGUUGAGAGUGGCACAGCAGCAGGUGGUGGAGGAGACAGCUCUGGAGCAUGUGAGGCGAGUGGUGGGGGAAAUGGAGCAGCUGAAGCAGCAGCUUGAUGGCAUG